GUGCUCUCAGAUUUGUCAACCAUUUCGCCGGAUUUAUACGUAGUCAAAGUACGACUGCGUCUUGCAAGUCUUCUUGACUGUCUACAGUCAAUGUGCAUUGAAGACGAGCGAUUUUGAGACAGUAGGAUCAACACCAUUCCUACAGUCAGACUUACUGGAAGUUUCUGAAGAAUCUAUCAAGGAUAAUGGAAAAUAAAGAAAGCCAGCGUUUACUAUCCCCACGUGGGUCUGAUACCCGGAUAUACAGCAUCGAUAACAUCGAUAACAUUGAGAUAAAACCAUCCCGAGUUGCUGAGAUAGCAAAGCGUUUGAAGAGCGGCAAAGAAAACCUCAACUCGACAGUGUUUAACGAUCCCAGCAGAAAUCCCUCUAAUAGUGAAAAAGCUAGCAUGCGUACUACACCCUACUCUAGACCAUCCAGUCAGAUUUCAGGAAAUCGCGGUCUUGUCUCUGGAAAAGAGAACAUAAAGGAAAGCUAUGGGAAAGAUGACGAAAAGAAAAGCUCAUCAAUUGUACGUAAAACUGGAGAUCUUUUCCGCAUGGAAACGGCCAUUCCAAGCCCAAACCCUCGGAUUUCUAGUUCCUGCCUCAGUCAAUCCUCUGUAAGAUCUACUAGAAAUGGAAGUGCAAAAUCCAACAGAAAUGUUUAUUGUUCUAAUAAAAAGGAUAUGUUGGACCAAACCAGCCCUAGAAAUAAUGGAGAAUGCUACUAUCGUUCUGAAAGUAAUCUAUCUGGAUUCGACAAGCAGUACAAAAGCAAAACCCCAGAUAGCAAGUCACAAAGUGAUCGCAGAACUCCUGUAAAAGAAUGCCUCUCCCAAAGCAGAACAUCUGACUGUGUCUCCCAGGCCGGUCACAAGAGCUCUGUUCGAGGACCUCUUUCCAGAAGCAGAAACUCUGAUCAGGGUGCUGAGAGGAAUGACCAAAUUGGCAAACACACAGGGAAUGUUGAGACAUCACCCCGAGAAAUAGAGAGACCUAGCUGUUCCCCUAAAAAGAUCGAGUACCACUACGAUGAUGAUUUCGAGGAGGACGAAGGUUUAGAAAAAGAGAUAAACAAGAAGAAGACAGUGUCUUCUACAGAAAGCGAGGAUGAUUUUUGGAAUACUGAUGAUGAUGAUGAUGAAAAACCAAAUGAAAAAGCGUCUUUAAAACCAAAUUUGGUCCCUCUUGCUUCCGUCGACAGUACGCAGAAACUUGAUCAAAUUGGUCACGAACCGUUGGAGCCCAAUUUUGUCAAUCUGAAGCAAUCUGAUGUAGAAAAGGUAUUUGCAAGCAAAGUGGGAUUGGACUCUCACUUUGAAUCCAGAAAUGGGUCAAGAAACUCUCUUUCUUGUAACAAAGCAGCUGGAAAUAACUCUCGUGCCGAUUCAAAAAUCUCAUCCAGAGAAUCUCACUCCGAAAGUAGAUCUCUCUAUAACGACUCUCGCGCUGGUGGCAGAACCCAUGAUAGGGAGUCUUACACUGAGAGCAGACUCUCAGCUUACAGUUCCCAUUCUGUUUGCAUGACUCCAAGUAAUGAUGCUAAUGCUGAUUGCACAUCUUUGGAUCGAGAAGCAUCCAACUGCAGAACCCCAGGUACUGACUCUCGAUCUGGAAGCAGAGCCUCAAAUUGCGAAUUUCGCACUGUUAGCAGAACUCAAGAAAGAGAAUCUAACUCCAGUUGCAGAAAACUGGAUGAUAAUUCCCCUGCUGAUCAUAGAACCCUAGCUUCAGCUUCUCUCUCUGGAUGGAAAACUCUGGAUAACGAUUCUCAUCCAGGAAGCAGGGUACCGCAUAAUGACUCUCGUGCUGAUCGUAGAACUCCGCUUAGAGAAUCUCUCUCUGGAAGCAGAAGUCCAGAUAACAGCUCUCGCUCCGGAAGCAGAACCAGGAAAAAUAAUUAUAGUCCUGAAAAAUCGAACCAGAGUUUCGAAAAAUUAAGCGGACAUACGGGCAAUGAAGAGACAUCACCUCGAGAAAUGGAUAGACCAAGCUGUUCCCCUAAAGUGGUCGAGUACCACUAUGAUGAUGACUUCGAGGAUUACAAAAGUUUAGAAAAAGAGAAAAACAGCAAGGAGACAAUGGUGUCUGCAGAAAGCGAGGAUGAUUUUUGGAAUACUGGUGAUGAUGAUCUCAUUAAGUCUAAGAAACUGAAAGAGGCAGUUUCUUUAGAUCCUAAGUUGGCCGCUUUUGCUCCAGUCAAACAACUGCAGAAACUUGACCAAACUGGUCACGAAUUCUUAGAGGCCGAUUGUGUCAAACUGAGACCAUCCAUUAUGGAAAACUGGAACUCGGUCUCAACUCACAAAGAAAAUGCCAACAAGUCACCAACUUCUGCAGAACAGACCACCGCUGAAGCCUGUGCACAGUGGGUUGCUGAAACAAAUUCGCAUACGGUACCUAAAGAUCCACAAGAUUUGUCUGCUUUGAUUGCUGAGAAGAUUCUUGGUGAUAAAAAUGAGUUCAAAAUUACUGGAAAGAAAAUCCGAAAAUCUCGUAAAACUGCCCAGAAUGAAAUGGGGAAAACGAAACGGGAGCCAUCCAAGCCUCCAGAUCCUGUAAAUGAGAAACAGAAAGAACGAAAAAAGGCCAAGAGAGCAAAGGCCAGGCUUCAGGACUUCACAGCCUUGGAACACCGUUGCAUGAAUGGUGAGAAAAACAAUAUGGAGGGAAUGAUAAUCACCGGUACUGCAAAAAGUAGCCCUUAUCUGAAUCGACAAGAUCAAAGGAUGGGAAAUAUGAAAGGGACAUGCUCUACCGCUAUCGAUCUCCCAGCUAUUUCAAAUACUUUGGAUGAUCUAAAGGUUAGUCCUUAUUUAAAACAAGGACAAAGAAGACAACCAGCAGGCAUCGCUCUUCCAAGAAUCAAUGCCACUCGAAUAAAUCCACAGUCACACGAACAUCAUGGCGAUCGCAAGAAAAGCUCAAAUGCUAUAUCAAGGCAACACAAAAUGAUUCAACCAGAAGAGGAAAUUGGAAACAACCAGUGGAAACCGGAAGUGCGAAAACUUCCGCAGCGCCCGCGACAGAUCAACGAGCGCACACUGCGAAAGUUGUCUUGCCCACCAACGCACCCCAAAGCUGAGGUGACAUUAAACGGAGAUGGUUUAGAAGUAACCAUCAUGGAUCCUUGCAGUCGUGAAUACGAUUCCGACAAAAAGAAUAUUAAAAUCACUGUCCUGCAUCAUUCCAACAAAAUCUACAAAGAAUUCCCCACUCAUCCGUCCCGACAUGAGUUAUAUCAUGAGUACUCUUCCGAUCCCGACAUCAUCAAACAUCGGGCUCAGGGACCGCCUUUUGUAACAGAGAUGAAGAGAAAUUAUUCCAAGCACUAGAUAUGUCUCCAGUCUCCCAAUAUCCAAUUAUUUUUUCAUUACAGAUAAAAAUGGGGGGAAACAUGUAAUAAUAACGUAAAUGUGAAUGUCAAUAGCUGAGGAUUUUAAAAAGGUCGUAAAUUUCAGGA